CCAGCAUUAGCGCUACAUCCGGUUAGCGGGGAGCAGCGGUGAGAAACUGUUUAGCUGUUUAGUUAACUGGCCGGGUUACUGUUUAUCUGUUACAGUAAAACACAGCGGCUGCAUUCAUUCAGGACUCGCAGGAAACAUGAACAACCUCCCGCCGUACUCUGCGGAGCCGCCGGGAGCGGCAGAGGGCCGCGGGUACGGCAGCAGAGGCGGGUACGGUGUCGGAGCGCCGCCCGGCUCCGUCCCUCCACCCCCGACGCCGCCGUGGCCCGGACAGCACGGACAGCCCGGACAGCCCGGGCCGUACAGCCAGUGGCCGCCGUUCCAGCCCCCGCCGUUCUCUCACCCUCCACUUUUCGACCCCAGCAGGCCUCCUCCAGGCUUCUUCGGCGAGCAGCAGAACGCGCUGUGGCCUCCUCCGGCCAGCAGGGGGCAGCAAGCGCAUGUAGGUACUGAUAGGGGCAGCUUUGAUCAAGGGGGCCCUUUUACAAAUUUUGGACCACCACCAAUCCCAACACCAUGUCCACCAGUGCACCAGCCCAGGUUUCACCAACUCAACCCACCAGCCAGUCCAAGCUUCACUCCAGACUACCAUAAACCACAUCCCAGCUCCUUUCCUCACCAUAUCAACAACCCCCCAGAAGGCCACUGGUCAGGGGAUGGGCAGAAUAAUGGAAACAGAACCACCACUACCACAUCCACCACGUCCAUGUUGCAGGUGACCCCUGACGCAGACACCACACAGCGGAUUCAGGACGAGCAGUGGGUUAAAGGUUUCCUGCAGAGAAGAAGAAGGAGCAAGCCAGCAGCAUCAGCCGCAGAAGCAGCUCAGCAUCCCCCCAAACAGUCUGUUUCAGAUUUCAGACACAAGCUCUACAGCACAGUCCACAUGCUCUCAGAGCUCACCCUGCUCUGCCAAACCCUCAAAAACAACCUGGAGAACCAGGGCGUGUGGACCGAGGCCUACUCCCGAGCCGGAGAGCUGAAGAGCAGCCUGCAGGAGAGGCUGGCAGGCCUGCAGGACAGAGAGGUCAUCAGCAGGGUCAAGAAGAACCUGGAGCUGAUCAAGAAGAAGCGAGCUUGCAUGCGCAGGAGAAGAGCGGAGAGGAUGGAGGAGAAGCAGGAGGAGGAGAGGAGGGCUGCGGAGAGGGAGGCAGCUAUGGACAAGUUCCAGCUGAAGCAGAUACAAGAGUUGGAGGAGAAGAACAGGGAGCGUGAGCUGAAACUGGCUGCAGACGCUGUGCUGUCCGAGGUGAGGAAGAAACAGGCAGAUUCUAAGCGAAUGCUGGACAUUCUCAAGGCUCUGGAAAAGCUAAGGAAACUUCGCAAAGAGGCAGCAUCCAGGAAAGGCAUGUUUCCAGAGAAGGAGUGUGACGAGGUGUUCGAGGGCCACCUGACGCGGCUGAGGAGCCUGAUCAAGAAGCGCACAGCUGUUUAUGGGGCCGAGGAGAAGGCCCUGAGGGUCAUGCUGGAGGGGGAACAAGAGGAGGAGCGGAAACGGGAUCGGGAAAAACGGCUGAAAAAAGAAAGGGAAAAGCUGCUGCUUAAGAAACAGGAGAUAGACUCCAUGCUGUUUGGAGCUGAGCUGCCUCCUGAUCAUCCACUUCAGCCUUUCCAGGAAUACUACACCCAAGCCGAGCACUCUCUACCCGUCCUGAUCCAAAUAAGGAGAGAAUGGGAUCAGUUUCUGGUUCCAGUAGAUCAUCCUGACGGCACGUCGAUCCCUCCGUGCUGGGUCCUUCCAGACCCUCCAGCAGAUGAUGUCUGGGCCACUGCUCUUGAGAAGUGAAUCUGACUUCCGAACCAUUUCUGACUGCUGAAUCAUUUUAUAUUUGUAGUUUACUGAUAACAUAAGAAUAAGAGAAUUUCUACAGCACCAGUGUUCACAGAUGGUCCAGGAGCUCACUGACAUCUAAGCUACAGUAUAUUUUUGUAACAUUUUGAAUAAAAAGGAGUGAAGAGUAAAA